AGCCCCCCCUUCCGAGGUCAUGAUGCUGAGAUCAGCCUCGAAGAAACAGGAGGAGUGGCUUCCGAGAGCCAUUCUGAAAGACAGAAGGGACUUAUGGGAAACGGGAUGUGUUGCACAAUUGAUGUAGAAACACAAACACAAACAUUUUCAUCACCCCCACCUAUAUGCCCACCUUCAUCCAGAUUAGGCUGCCUCACACUUAACCAUAUGGUAAUCAUGUGGCUAGUUGGUUUCAUAGUAAUGAUGUUCAUAUUCCCACCAAGAUGUCAUGGAUUUUCAGAAAGUAAUUCCCUUUUGACAUACUCACAGAAAAUUGGAAACGCUUUAAAUGUAUCUGACUGCUGGGUGUGUCACCAAAUGCCCCUUGACUCACACACUGGGAUGCCCUUUGAGGUAGUACCAUUGAACUCUGCUGAAUUGGCCAAACCAUAUAGAAAGGACAACAGCACGGGCUGGAGCUGGAUAAAGUCAGAGCCCUCUACUUGGGGAUACUAUAGGAUUGGUCAAAAGGUAGGACAAUGGUGCUGGCAAUGUAAUGAAACUGCAGGACCCAGAGUGGGCACCAGUAAAUGUGAAGUCAACAUAAAAAUAAAUGGGGCAUGUAUCAAUGGUAGCUGGGUGGCAGGAUACACCUUGCUAAAUCAAAGUAUAAGUGGGUAUUAUGCAUCAUGGACAAUGUCUAUAUCGUGUAAAAGGUCGUUCCCUGCCUUGAAAGGACACUAUUUCAUCUGUGGGAUACGUGCCUACGCUAUUUUGCCUGAGAACUGGAGUGGGAAUUGUUAUGUAGCCACCAUACUUCCAGCCAUGACAAUUAGAAAUGAAUUACCUGAAGGAAAAAUCAGGAAUUACCGAGAUUUGGAGGAAAGCAGGCAACUUGUAAAAGAUUAUGCCCCAAUGAGACACUGGAGAGGCCACAGAGGCCUAUUGAAUGCAGUAUAUAGGCUACAGGCGGUGGUAGAAAUCAUGGCAAAUGAGACAGGUGAAGCCCUUCUUGCCCUAGCCAAAGAACAGAAAGAAAUAAGAAAAAUGGUACUACAAAAUAGGCUAGCUCUGGACACCAUGUAAGCCAGCCAGGGAGGAGUAUGUACACUAAUAAAACAAGAGUGUUGUGUAUAUAUCCCAGACAAUGAGGAAGAUAUAAAGCAACAUGCUGACAGAAUAGCAAAGAUAGCAGAGGUUCCCCACAUGGGAAAAGGAUGGAAUCUAUGGGAUUGGCUGACAUCUUGGUUGC